AUGCAUCAGGCUCUACUUAUUCCAGAAGUCCUCCUAGACAUAUUUGCGCAUCUCACUCGCAAGAUACCAUUGGGUCGAAAAUCCCUUGCUGCGCUUGCAACAACAUGCAAAGCCUUCCACGAGCCUGCCAUGGAUUUGCUGUGGGCUGAAGUACAUCAGUUAGAACCACUGCUAGGAUGUAUAACCAGGUUGCAUUCAAUAAUAUACACUCAGCAUAAAUGGUGGACGUCCCAUGACUACCAUAGCACCUGGGCAGGCUUGCCAGAUCUCGAACCAUUAUCUGCUCACGAGACCUGUCAAUUUCUGCGUCACUCCGCCCGCGUCCAAUCAUUGAUCAUACCAUAUCAUGAUCGCCUUGUUCACUUUCUCUCAGCCAUUCCCAUCGAGACAUGUGUCUUCCCGGGGCUGCAGUCGUUAACUUGGAGGCUUUCCACUCCCAAAUAUAUGGACAUCUUCUUGCCCCACACGCUGCGCAAGUGUCAUCUAUCGACUGUCAACGAAACUCUAAAAUAUCUUGUGGCCCGUCGCUCUGCCUUGGAGCACUUAAGCAUCGACCAUUUUGAUCCGCGCGCAGCGGAUGAGCUAUCCUUGCUGUCUGACAGUGUCCGUUUGUGCAAACGGCUUGUACGUCUGUCUUGUCCACCGCUCGACUGGGCAGCAUGGAAGCAUCUCUCCAACCUCCCUACCCUUCUCGGAGUGCAAAUUGAUGCAAAACGCAGUGCCUUUCUUUGGCCAUUGGAACGGGAUAUGUUCAAUUCAUCACCAUUCCUUAACCUCAGGGAUCUUUCCAUCAUGCAUUCCAGUGCUGCAUAUAUUAUCGCAGUUAUGGAACACUCGCAAUUCCCCUCGCUGAUAAAAUUCACGGUCCGUCUCGAACUUCCGUCUCCAGCAGUGGCUGAGCAACUCUUUCAUACACUAUCGCAAUGCACAACAUCCCAAAUCCUCGAAGAAAUUGACAUUAUCUUGGACGACUAUGAAGACGACUAUCCAGAUCCAGACAACGAUCAAGACCCUCCACCCCCAGGCAACAUUUUGACAGUGAUUCCACAUCUUCUUUGCUUCACACAGCUCCGAAUCCUGGAGCUCGAUUUUCAAGGUUCCUACAUCCGCCUUGACAAUGAUAUCCUUUUGGUAGCCAUGUCAGCUUGGCCGCACAUCCACACUCUAAAAAUAACAGACUCGAGCCUUCGUCCUUCCGUCACAUUCCGCGGAUUGUUCACAGCGAUGCGUCAAUGUCCACACUUAGAUAGCCUGGAAAUUGUGAUCGAUACUGAGAAUAUCGAUAUCGAUCCUAAUGCUGAGCCAACACCACAUACCUCCCUACGAACAUUGGAGUUGGAGACAGACCAUUAUUGGGUUAGAAACCCUGAAGCUGUCGCUAGCAUCAUCUUCACCUGGCUCCCUUGUAUCGACGGAGCUGGUGGGGGGAUGGAGAAUGUCAUCUUCUAUCUGGAACGUUUGAGAGCUGCUGCGCUGGAUGCCGUAGAAGCCGUCUCAUAUAAUUGA